GAAACGUAAGCGCGCCGAAACCGGAAGUGCAGCCCGCAAUGGCGGCGCUGGGGCUGCGCUUGCCGGGACUGGGCCGCGCCCCGGUUCUGGGGUGCCGGGGGAUCCCGGGGCUGGGCCCGGCCCCGGUUCUGGGGUGCCGGGGGCUCCCCCCGGGGCUCGGGGCGGUUCCGGUGCCGCCGGGCCGGAGCAUGGCCGGACACAACCGCUGGUCCAAGGUGCGGAACGUGAAGGGCCCGCGGGACGCGGAGCGGAGCCGCCUCUUCCAGAGGAUGUCGCAGCUGCUGAGGGCGGCGGCCAGAGAGGGGGGCCCGGAGCCGUCGCUGAACCCGGCGCUGGCCGCGGUGAUCCAGCAGUGCCGCAGCCACAACAUGCCCAAGGCCACCAUCGAGGGAGCGCUGCGGUCAGUGCGGGAGCGUCCGGCCGCCGUGUCCAGGCUGCUGCUGGAGGCGCGGGGCCCGGGGGGGUCAGUGCUGCUGCUGGACGUGCUGACCGACAACGUCCGGCGCUGCCAGGCCGAGCUCAAGGAGCUGCUGGGACACCACGGGGCCUCGCUGACCACCGGUGUCCGGCAUGGAUUUGAACCCGUGGGCGUGGUCCGAGUGUCCGGCCGGACUUUGGCCAUGGAGGCCGCGCUGGAGGCGGCCGCGGUGGCCGGAGCCCAGGACGUGGUGGCCGAGGACGAGGAUGCGGCCGAGCUCAAGUUCCUGUGUGACCCCUCGGCCCUCAGGAGUGUCCGGCAGGGCCUGGUGGACGCGGGGCUCCGGCCGCUCUCGGCCGCCGUCGAGUUCGUGCCGCGGUCACCGCUGGCCUUGGCCGAGGGUCCGAGGGCCGCGGCCGAGCGGCUCCUGCGGGCUCUGGCCGAGUGGCCGGACAUUGUCCGGCUCUACCACAACGUCCAGGACGGGCCGGACGUCACCGGCGGUCACUCGGCUCCGGCCGCGCCCACCGAGGGUCAAUAAACGGUUGGUGAGGUU